GAUAAAAUCAAAUUAUUCUACUCAAUAUAACAUCAAUAUCACCUAUAACGUGUAAUUAAUGCUAUUAUACAUUACAUCACAUCGACCAGAUUGUAGAUAUAAAUACAGUUCAAUUGUUGAUGCGCAUUAGUUGAAGUACUGGAGUUUAAGGAAAAACCAGAAUCAGUGCUUCUAAUCUAGAACAGCAGAAUGAAGACUCUCGUGCUAAUGACAUGUCUACUGACAAUUUCUUAUGCCGCUGAUCCUCAAAUAUUGAAGACAUUCUAUGAUGAUUAUGCAAGUUGUCUCGAAGAAUUGAAUGUGCAGCAAUGGACACCGGAAGUGGCAAAAUGUAAAAUGCAGAAGGAUGGACUGAUUGACGAACAAGGUGUAAUAAAAAAAGACGAGGCUUUAGCAGUAUUAAACCUCAUCAUUUCCGAUGAGACCAACUUAAGUCAAGCAAAAGAGAUUACUUCCACUUGCAUCGAUCAAGGUGAAUGAAAUAUAUAUUUAGUAAUACAUAUUUUGAGUAUGAUUGACAUAGUGUUAUUUAUCAU